CCCAUGUAUCUUGGUGGGGCGGAAACCCUUUCCAACGAAUACGAUAACGAACCGGCUGCCGGUUCGUUUUCGGGAUACUAUGGUUCACAAUACGCUCAACAAUCCAGCGUGUUGAGCCGCGGGCGUCGCGGAUUGGAGGCGGCGCGGGUCGCUGCUGUGGAACAGUAUCAGAGCCGGGAGUUCGCCGCUCUGAAGCAGGAGGUGGUGAUCCUGAGGGCUCAAGUCGCUCAGGGUUCGCAGACCGCGUCGGACAUCUCUGUCGACGUGGGAGAUCGCGUCGCACGCUUGGUCCAGCGCGUUCACGCGUUGGAGCAGAGGUUCGCUCCCGCUGGGGCUUCCACUUCGAGCCAGCCGAGCUAG